AUGCCAGAGACAGAAGACCACACAUAUCAAAGCUCCUCGCGAAGGACCAAGCGGAAGUAUAUCGCUAUCAACUACUACGAAGACCAUUCCGAUGAAGAAGACGAAGAAGAAGAGUUCCACCCAUAUGAAAUGGAACAUCAAAAUAUCGAUACUAAGACCGAAGAAGACUUUUUCAACAUGGCUGAUCGCCAAGUCGCAGAGCAGGCAGCCUAUCAGGAGGCAGUAGAUCAUGCUGUAGCGUUAGCAAAUCGAUUUACAAGCUACCACAAUUUACAUGUGGACCGAGACUUGCUUGGACAGCCAGAAAGAAAUUUAUCCGAGGGGAGUGAAGCGCUGAAUUCCGGCGAACUACCCAAGACUAUUGAUAAAUGGGGAGGGUGUGAAUUGGUUGCGGAGAGAGAUGGAACCUUCACGUUGUACACUGAAGGGGGUGAAAGGCUACUUAAAAACAUCCUAUCAGACCAGAUGGAAGAACUCUUCGUGAUGGAGGAACGAGAUGGGUUUAUUACCGCCAAUUCUAUAAAAGAAGACCGUUGGAUAGUUGCAAAGGUACUGCCCCGUGCGAGAAACCUUUACAAGGUUGAACUCCUAACUCCUACUGCCAACAAACGAAAGUCGCAGACCAAGGAGAAUUUUUACACGUCAUUCUCGAUAAAUACAGACAACUACGACACUGCUGAGAAUGAAGAAGGACAGAGGCGGGCACUUUCUGACAUGGGACAUGCAAGUACAGGAGCAGUAUAUAUUGGCUACUCGAUGUAUAUGCUGGGCCCAGUCUUCGUAAGGCCCCCCUGA